AUGAGGACACAGAAUGCAAAAAACAUAUUGUUGGUGCUAUGUGUUGCCGUAUGUGUAAGGAUGUGUCGAUCAGAUGUGUAUGAAGAUGCCAAGGCCACAGCUGGAGAUAUCAAGGAUGGUGCCGUAACUGCUGCCACUGUAGCCGCAGAAAAAUCUGAGUCUUUUGGUCAUUGGGCUUAUGAUAAAAUUUCUGAACAAUUCGCGACAGAAGAGAGUGCUGACAAAAUACAUAAAAAUGAAAAGUUUUCAUUUUCAGAUGUUUCCUCAGAUGCAUCAGAUUCAGUGAAAGAUGCUGGAUCAGAUACUUCUAAGUUUGCUGAAAAAGCAGCUUCUGAUGUUAAAGAGGGAGCAAAAGGAGCGGUUGACUACAGUAAAGAUAAAGCUAAAAUUGCAUAUAAUGAAACCCAAAAACAAUCAAACAAGGUUGGAGAUGCAGCUGGAGAUGCAGCUAAUGCUACUAAACAUAAAGCGAAAGAUGUAUAUGGUGAUGCCAAGAAACAUGCAGGCAAGGCUUCAGAUGCAGUUGGAGAUACAGCUGAUGCUGCUAAAAAUAAAACAGUGGGUGCGCAUGGUGAAGCCAAGAAACAUGCAGGCAAGGCUUCAGAUAAAGUUGGUGAUACAGCUGAUGCCGUUAAAGAUAAAGCAAAGGAUGCAUAUAACGAUACAAAGAAACAUGUAGGCAAGGCUUCUGAUAAAGUUGGUGAUACAGCCAAUGCUGGUAAAGAUAAAGCAAAGGAUGUAUAUGGCGAUACAAAGAAACAUGUAGGCAAAGCUUCUGAUAAAGUUGGUGAUACAGUCGAUGCUGCUAAAGAUAAAACAAAGGAUGUAUAUGGCGAUACAAAGAAACAUGUAGGCAAGGCUUCUGAUAAAGUUGGUGAUACAGCCGAUGCUGCUAAAGAUAAAGCAAAGGAUGUAUAUGGCGAUACAAAGAAACAUGUAGGCAAGGCUUCUGAUAAAGUUGGUGAUACAGCCGAUGCUGCUAAAGAUAAAGCAAAGGAUGUAUAUGGCGAUACAAAGAAACAUGUAGGCAAGGCUUCUGAUAAAGUUGGUGAUACAGCCGAUGCUGCUAAAGAUAAAGCAAAGGAUGUAUAUGGCGAUACAAAGAAACAUGUAGGCAAGGCUUCUGAUAAAGUUGGUGAUACAGCCGAUGCUGCUAAAGAUAAAACAAAGGAUGUAUAUGGCGAUACAAAGAAACAUGUAGGCAAGGCUUCUGAUAAAGUUGGUGAUACAGUCGAUGCUGCUAAAGAUAAAGCAAAGGAUGUAUAUGGCGAUACAAAGAAACAUGUAGACAAGGCUUCUGAUAAAGUUGGUGAUACAGCCGAUGCUGCUAAAGAUAAAACAAAGGAUGUAUAUGGCGAUACAAAGAAACACGUGGGCAAGGCUUCAGAUGCAGUUGGACAUACAACUGAUGCUGCUAAAGAUAAAGCAAAGGGCGCAUAUGGUGAAACCAAGAAACAUGCUAAGAAUGCUGCAGAUGCAGUUGGCGAUACAGUUGAUGCUGCUAAAGAUAAAGCAAAGGGCGCAUAUGGUGAAACCAAGAAACAUGCUAAGAAUGUUGCAGAUGCAGUUGGCGAUACAGCUGAUGCUGCUAAAGAUAAAGCAAAGGGCGCAUAUGGUGAAACCAAGAAACAUGCUAACAAUGCUGCAGAUGCAGUUGGCGAUACAACUGAUGCUGCUAAAGAUAAAGCAAAGGGCGCAUAUGGUGAAACCAAGAAACAUGCUAACAAUGCUGCAGAUGCAGUUGGCGAUACAGCUGAUGCUGCUAAAGAUAAAGCAAAGGGCGCAUAUGGUGAAACCAAGAAACAUGCUAACAAUGCUGCAGAUGCAGUUAGCGAUACUACUGAUGCUGCUAAAGAUAAAGCAAAGGGCGCAUAUGGUGAAACCAAGAAACAUGCUAACAAUGCUGCAGAUGCAGUUGGCGAUACAGCUGAUGCUGCUAAAGAUAAAGCAAAGGUUGCUUAUGGCAGAGCUAGAAAAGUGGGAGACACACAUGAAUCAACAGAUAAAACUGUCACUCCAUGA